AUGCCUACGUCCGUCAACGACCGGCCCGAGCCAACAUACGAGAUGGACAGCAACAGGCACAUCCCCCAACAACGCUCGUCCGACGACGAUGGCACUUUCGUCGGAGAAGAUCUCAGCCAGCAACAGUCGUGGACACAUACACAGCCAGGAAUUGGGCAUGGACGAUCACGCUCUGGCACACAUCUGACCGUUGAGACGGCUCAUGAUAUUCCGCGCAUGAACUCGGUGACUUCGCCAUCUCAGACACGAGAACAAGCUAGCCGACUUAACGACGACUUGACGGUCCUGCAGAUUGAGCGCGGGCUCGAUGCACAGGAAGCUCUGCAGCGAGGAGCCUCGCUCAACCGCUCCAUGACACGCCAGAGAUCGCGCCGAGAAGAGCUGGUCGACGACUUCGAUGCAGCUACGAACCCGCUGCACGAACAAGCUGCCCGAUACUCGCCACCCGAGAAUCCGACCACGAAUGUAUCCAAGUUCUUCAAGAAGGUGCACAAUUCGAGCUGGCUGGUUAGGUACUUUACGUACAUCACUCCAUUGGUCCUCUUGAUCCUUGUACCCAUUCUGGUCGGAGCAUUGGCGUUCCCGAAUGCUGAUGUUGGCGGUGUCGAACUGUCUUGGUUCGGAAUCUGGUUGAUGAUCGUUUGGCUGACUCUGUGGCUCGGCCGAGUCAUUGCGAAAUGUCUCCCCUGGCCCAUCGGUAUGGUCUCGAGCCUCUUCACGAACAACAGCAAGAAAUGGAGAGAUAUGGGCAAGCAGCUCGAGCUGCCAGCAACCCUGUUUUUCUGGUGGUUGGCCAUUGAGUGUUCAUUCCUACCCACGAUGAAGAACCACAACAUCAAAGGCGACCGAACGACCAAGCCCUGGCAAAACACCAUGAACAAAGUCAUCGUAUCCUUCUUCGUCGGAUUCACGCUGAACUUUAUUGAGAAGAUCAUCCUCCAGCUCAUUGCCAUCAGCUUCCAUCUCAGGACCUAUCAGGACAGGAUCGAGCUGAACAAGUUCCAGAUUGGCAGUCUCGCGAAGCUUUACAAGUACUCGAAGGAAAAGAUCGCCAUGGAUGAUUCCGAAUUCGAAGGUGAAAAGGGACGAUCGGGCGCGCGUACCCCUGGCCAAGUUCUGAACGAAGCCCAGAACCACAUCAAGGAGGGUAUGACCAAAUUUGGAGACAUUGCUGGAAAGGUCGCUGGUGACUUUACCGGACGAAAAGUGACGAACAGUGGCCAUCCCAACCAGGUUGUUCUUCAGCUUAUUGGCUCCCCUGGUGGCGCUCAAGUCCUUGCUCGACGCCUGUACCGCACAUUUGCCCGCCCUGAGACUGAGACCGUCCACUCUGAUGACCUCAAGAACGCAUUCGAGAGCGACGAAGAGGCGGACGCAGCAUUCAGCAUGUUUGACAAGGACAUGAACGGCGACAUUUCCAUGGAAGAACUCGAAGCUGUAUGCGUUGAAAUCGGCCGCGAACGCAAGUCCAUUACCGCAUCGCUCAAGGAUCUCGACUCAGUUGUCAGCAAGCUCGACGAUGUGUUCAUGUUCAUAGUCCUGAUCAUCACGAUCAUCGUCUUCAUUUCUUUGAUCUCGACUUCAGCUGCCGGUGUCCUCACGUCCGCCGGAUCUACCCUCCUUGCUCUGUCCUGGUUGUUCUCUGCCACCGCACAGGAGUUUCUGCAGUCUUGCAUCUUCGUUUUCGUCAAGCACCCCUACGACGUCGGCGACCGUGUUCAGAUCUACGGUAACACUGGUGACCUUGGUAGGGGCGAUGACUACUUCGUCAAGGAGAUCGCUUUGUUCUACACAGAGUUCAAGAAGAUGCAGGGUCAUGUCGUCCAGGCACCGAACAGUUAUCUGAACACAUUGUUCAUUCUCAACCACCGACGUUCAGGCGCCCUUGCGGAAGCGAUCCCCAUGAUCAUUAAGUUUGGUACCACACUCGAGCAGAUUGACAACCUCCGCCAGUGUCUGUUGGAAUUCGUCACAGCUGAGAAGCGCGAGUACCAGACUAAUAUUCUUACUGAACUGCGUGCUGUCCAAGAGGUGCACUGGCUCGAGCUCAACGUCGUCUUCUUCUACAAGUCCAGCUGGCAAAACGAGUUGCUCCGACCUCGCAUGCGCUACCCUGGUCAGAAGGAGUCUUUCCCUGUGUAUCUCCAGAACAUGCAGAACCCUGCCACACCUGGUGUCGGACACAAUGGAACCCCGGAUAACCCGAACGGAACCGUCAACAACCGUCCGAUGGAUGAACCCUUCGUUGCUCCGGCGAUGGAUGGAAAUGCUGAGGUUCCCAACACUGGCAGCGGACCAGCUCGCCAACCAUCGAUCCUGCGCAAUGCGAACUCGAACGGUCGCCGUGGCGGAGAAACGAUAGCGGCCAUGGGGAAGCGUGUCGACUUCUCACUCGGAAUGAACGCCAUGGGCGGAAUAGACCCUAGUGGCGAUGUCCUCGAUGACCGUGAGACCGAAGCCCGCAACAGAGCCACAGUCCUGAGGGUCACAUCUCCGUCACGUCACUCUCAGGACCGUAACGGGGACAAUGGCUCGCGAGUAUCCAACGAUAGUGGCAGAUCGACCGGAAUUCAGCGCGUCGGCACCAACGCUAGCUUGCAGACUCGCGAACGUACCCACCGUAACCGCUUCUUCAGCCGUAACCGCCACGGUGCUGAUGAAGAGGCUGGCAUGGCAGACAUUCCCGAGGUUGAGCAUGACACCCCAUCAAGAACCAACACGCUUGAUCCUCGAACCGGUUUGGUUAGCUCCCAGGCUGUUAGAAUGAGCACCGACGACUCGCAUCGCACCGAAAACUCGCAUCUGUUGCAUCAUCCAACAUCUUCCGGCGCUCUGCCAGCCACAGCGGAUUCCGACAGGACAUUUGCUCAUCCUUCUCGCGCACAGACCGAUAACAUUGAGAUGAGGCGCAUGCACUGA